CCCAGUCUGCUCUCAGUGACCUGACGCGCUCCCCGCUCCACGAAGGGGAAACGCUAUCCCUGCCACGAAGCCUUGCAGUGAAAUCCUGAUGCUCUUCAUCCUGAGCAGUCUGACCAGAGCGGACAUGGAGCUUUUUGGGACAACGUCAGCUUUUAUGUUUGUGCUGCACCUGCUUUCUGUCGGCGGUGUAGUCAAUCCCAAAACAACAGUGUCCUGGUGCGUCGUAUCCGAUGCGGAGGAGCAGAAGUGCGCCGACCUGGCUGGGAACGCCACGGCUCGGAAUAUCCGAGGCACUUUGCAAUGCGUGCGAGGCCUGAACGCCAGAGACUGCAUGGAGAAAAUUCAAAAUGGGAGCGCAGACGCAGCCUCCAUGUUUGCAGAUGACAUUUACGCCGCCGGCCUGUGUUACGGCCUGGAGGUGGCUGCCGGGGAGUCCCUCAAUGGAGUGGACGGCGUGAGCUACUACGUGGUGGCGUUGGCUCGCCGCUCGUCGUCCGACUUGUCCCUGCUGGAGAUGCACGAACGCAGCUCGUGCCACCCGGGCAUUCGCACCACGGUGGGCUGGACCGUGCCCGUCGGCUACCUGCUCAACACCUCGCAAAUCAGCCCGGGUCACCAGUGCAACUUCCCUCGUGCUGUGGGAAACUUGUUCGGCUAUAGUUGCGUGCCCGGCAUCAAAGACCCCCAACACGACCCCCGAGGCAACAACCCAAAGAACCUGUGCGAGGCCUGCAUCGGCGACGACAACGACCGACACAUUUGCGCCAGCAAUCCCCGAGAGAGGCACUACGGCGAGGCGGGGGCCCUGAGGUGCGUGGCUGAGAACCUCGGCGACGUAGCGUUUGUCAAACACAACACCGUUUUUGACAAUUUGGAUGGCAAGAACCAGGACUCGUGGGCCCUGGACGUGGAGGCCGAGGACCUAAAGCUGCUCUGCCCAGACGGCACCGAGGCCGACCUAGACGACUACCGGCACUGCCACCUGGCUGCCGUGCCCGGCAACGGCGUGGUGGUGCGUCAGAUGGACAAGUGCCGCGUUUGGAAGUUCUUGGAACGACUGCAGAACUCGUUUGGUAACUCUUCGGCCGGCUUGAGCAUGUUCAGUUCUUCUGGCUACUCCGACUCCGACGUGCUGUUCACUGACUCCACCCGGCUCCUGCUGAGGGUCCUGGGGGGCUUCACAUCCUGGCUGGGCCCCUCCUACACCAGCGCCCUGCAAGCGUUUGAGUGCGAAGGGUUUUGUUGACAAAAAGUGGCGGCCAUCUUUCUUCCUCUUCUCCCUCCUGACAUCCAAUUACGCCUUCAGUUUCCUUGUGUUGUUUCCACAGUUGUCAAAAGGCGACAACAAUACAAACCUGAUACAUUUGAUAAAUAAAAAUUCUUUUUUUUAAAAGG